AUGCAGACGAGAUACGCGCCGGACAACUCUCGGUUGUGCCGGAAACCCUNCCGGAUGACUGGCGUGUGGAAAGUAGGGGCGAAUGGCAUUGCUCAGGAUAACGGCAUUCUUGGCUGCCCUAUCAGGGUCCAGAUGAAGAAGACUAUUCAGGCUACGAGGGGCUCCCGCCGACUGCACCCAGUCCGCGUUGUGACACCCGCCAGCCACGAGGUCUUCGUUGUUACCUCCGACUGGGUUGAGGAAGAACACUCCAAUGCAGACGAGAUACGCGCCGGACAACUCUCGGUUGUGCCGGAAACCCUGGCGUCUGAUGUCUCGGAGGUCGAGGACACUACUGAUGAUGUCCCUCCCCGUGACAAGAACGGGAGUGGCCAUGCGGAUGGAGUGCCGGGAGUGCAGGGGGAGAAACACUCGACGACGGACGACGACGUCGACAAGGAGAACGCGGCUGCCCCUGCAAUCGCGACCGAGAAGAUGGCGCGAUCAGCGAUAUCUCGUCGUGCUGCUAACCCGACCGCGGGGUCUUCUUCAGAGAUUGUUGAAGGGCUCGUGGCGGUUUGUGGUGUUUUUGGACCCAGCGGUAGCCUUCGGUAUCACGAUAUCCCGACCAGCGACGAGGUCCAGGGGGGCCUCCAAGCGUUCCCCUUUGUGACCACUGCCAUUGUCAGAGAAGCCGACAAGGCGAUCGUGAACAGAUGCGAGACCGCAAAAGAGAUCCUCGCGGAACUCGACAAAAUCUACGAUCCGGAAUCGCAGGGCUCGAAACAAGCCCUCACGAAGAAAAUGUUCAACUUCACGAUCCCCACACACAGCAGCAGCAACCCCAUCGAGCACCUGCACUCGCUCGAGCUGCUGUACUCACGCCAAGGGCUCAACCCUGACGCACCCUUCGUACUCACCCACUUCGUUGGGCCGCCCGCGCGUGUAGCGCCGGCAUCUCCGCCGGCCGCGCCCCAGGAGUCGGGCGCGGGCGACGCUGGUGAUGGCGCCCCCUCGAGCAGGGAGGGCGCGAUCCUCGCCCCAUCUACCAAGUCGACCGGCACGGCCGAUGUGGGCGGCGGCGAGGACGACCGCCGCAGCAGCAGCAGCCGCGGUAACGGCGGAAGCGGCAGCGACAGCAGCAGCGGCGGCAGCAGCUGCGAUGACGGCGGCAGCGACAGCGAGACGGAUCUCCCGGCGCUCCGUGGGCCAGAGGCCCGGUGGCUCGCUCGCUUCGACAAGCCGGCGGAACUGACCAGCUGCCGCACCAGGGAGAACCCUCGCCGAAACCCGAAGUACGAGUCGCUCCCGUCGCCGACGAGUGCGGAAGCCCUGCUCGCCUCGGUGGCGAGCCUGCCCGUCAGCAGCACGGAGGGGUUCACCAGCUGGAUGCUCUCGGCGGUACUUCACGUGGCGGAAGGGCUAGAGAAGAUCCUCAGCUACUUGAAGGAGACGAGGGACCUCGGCAUCACCUACCAACGGGGAUCGGGGUUCGGGCUGGCCGUGUACGUAGACGCUAGCUACGCCGACACGGCGGAUAGGCGUUCGGUGUCAGGGUUGGCGACGACGGUCGGAGGUACCGUAGUCAGCCAUGGUAGCAAGACACAGAGCAUCGUGUCUUUGUUUUCGACGGAAGCCGAGUACAUUGCUGCCGGGGAGGGCGUCAACGAGGCGUUGUUUGUGCAUGCUGUGCUUUCGUUUGUUGCCCCAGACACCAGUAGUAGCAGCAUCCUGGUCCUUGAGGACAACCAGGGGGCCAUAGCGUUGGUGCAGAACACCCUCAGCUCAGGUCGCACGAAACACAUGGCCGUGAGGUUCCAUAUCAUCUGCGGAUUGUUUAGGUCGGGGGAUAUUUCGGUCGAAUUUGUGCCGACAACGGAGCAACACGCGGACCUCCUAACCAAGGCCCUUAGCAGGGCCAGUCUGCAGUACCACCGGCGCAAGUUGAUGAAUUUGCCGGAGUAG